UUCAGCCCGGGCCUGUUUGUUUACAAAUAUGGCGACUUGGAAGGAAUUUUUAAAACCACGAAGACAAAAAUCCGUAGAAAUCAUAUAUUAGGGUUAAUGUGACAGAUGCUUUAGACCAGAUUUACACGUUUUUGGAUAAUAAUGGAAGACCAGCAGAUAGAAUUUCUGAAAGAUCAAGUGCAAAGACUCAAUGCUGAAUUAGCUAAAUACAGACAUCAUGAAUUAAGGAGAGAAGAAGAGACUCCUCUUGAUCAGCCUGGCCCUCCUGCACCAUGGUUAACAGAAAAAAGUGUUUUGUCACCGCUUAUAGCAGAAUAUGAUCAACAGUUUCAGGAACUGGAGCAAGAUAGAGACAUUCUGAAGGAAGAACUAUCUCGUCUAAAACCUGAACUAGACAGAGUUGUUUCCGAGAACAACAAACUUGUUCAACAGUUAAGGGAGUCCAUAGAGAAGCAGCUAGGAACUGUGGAUAAUGAGUUCUCUCCUGCUAAUGACCAGGAACAGGUCUUCCAGAACCUCCAAAUGCAGGCAGAAAGUGCUUUACAGGAAAAAGAUGCAGCUUUAGAAAGAUGGCAAGAAGCUGACCAAGAAAUAGAUCGUCUUCAGCAUGAGCUACAGAAUGAAAAGGACAGUCAUCAGUGGAGAGUUGUAGAACAACAAGCCCACCAGAUGCAGUCAGAAUAUUUUGAAACAGUGUCUGUUUUGAACAAAGAAAUUGAUGCCUUGCAGAAUGAUCUUAGGUCCACACGAGAACAACUGGAUGUGGCCAACAUGGAGGCCAGAGAUCUGAAAAGAUCCAACAAGGAUCUGGAGCAGCAACUCAUCUGGAAGGAUCAAGAAGUUGCAGAUGUCAUCUUUAAGGAAGGAAUGUCUGAUUCCAGAGUUGGAGAACUGAAGAAAAUAAUGGACGAGACUUCACACAAAUUAUCAUCAGCAUUAAAAGAAUUGGAUGAUGUGAAAGGAGAAAAGGUUGCAUUAGAAGCACGAGUUUCCGAGUUAAAGAAACGAGGGGAUGAAUUAGAAAAGAAAGAGUUUGAUUAUGUGGCCCAAGUCAGAGAUGCAGUACAAAUGGUAGAAAAUUCUGUGCUGGAAAAGGAUCAGGCAGAAAUGGAGGUGAAACAAAAGGAGGAAGAAAUAGAAAAAUUACAGGAUGCUCUGAAUAAGUUGAUAAAUGAUGCUGGUGUCAGAACAAGGCAAGAGGUGGAUAGUGUCAGAAAACAGUGUAAUGAAAGAAUUUCUAAACUGACAGUGGAACUUCAUACCAUGGAAAUGGACAAUGCUGAAAAAGAGGAGCAAAUAAAGCGGGCACUUCGUGACAAACGUAAUGUAGAGGCAGAGCUAGAGAAGAUUCUAAAAGAGGGUCAUGCACAAGCAGUAAAGGACAAGGGUUCUUAUGAAGACAUUAACAGGAGGGCUAUACAGGCAGAGAGAAUGAGAGAUGAACUGUUGGUCAAAGUGGAUAAUCUGACAAGUGCACUGAAGAGAGAGGAGAUGAAUCAAGAACAACUUAAAUCUAAAUCAGAAAAAGAGCUGAUGGAAAUGAAAAAAAGAAAAAUCACCAUGGACACUGAAUUUGAGCAUUUAAAUGAAGAGAGGAUAAAAUUACAGAGUGAUGUUGAUGAAAUGAAGAAAAGGGUAGUGUUAGCUGAGAAAGAGAAAGAGGGAGCUCAAAGAAAGUACCAGAAAGAGAUGGCCUUCCUGGAAAAUGACAUUCAGCAGAAGAUACAGGAUUACGAGGUGAGACUGCAGUGUUCUGACGACGCCAGCAGGAAAACUAUCGCAGAACUCAGGAACCUCUUACAAGGACAACAGAGAAUGAGUGCAAGAUGGAAAGAGGAAUGCCAGUCUAUUACGGAAAAGUUUGAAUGCAAGAUAAAUGAUAUGAGAUCUGAGGUCAGUCAUCUGAAAAAGAGAAAUGAUGAGCUUACAUCUCUUCUUCGAGAAAGCCAGGCCAAGACUCUGGAGGCUGAGAGGAUGAUCACAGAUUAUGCUAAAAACAUCUACAGGAUAGAGGAGAGAAUGAGGGAGUCUGAAGCCAGAGCAGCUGAAACUUCCAAACAGUUAGCAAGACAAUCUGUUAGAGAGAGACAAAUGGCCAAUGAGAAAAGAAGCUUAAUGCAAGAGUUACAAAGAAGCACCAUGGAGAAUUCUUUCAGGAACCCCGAUGCUUUACUGGUUAGUGAACUUGCCUCAAGUCAGCACUCUGUGAAGUCUGUCAAUGGUACACGGGUCAAAGCUGACAUACAGGAUGUGAUAACUGACCGAUGACAAACUCCAAUCUGACUGCCAUUAAACUGACCAUGCCAACCUGUGAUAAACAGUGCCAACUGACACCCGAUGCCGUAUUAGAACCACUCACUUUACUUUGUAAGGUGGAAAUCUAUUGGAUAGUAUUUAAUACUGACAUUAAAGGUGAAAUGGUUCUCAGUGAUAUAGAUUUGUGAUUCCAUCCAGUACUGCCCAGUAUGUUUUUACAAUAGGGUAUACACUUAAUAACUAUAUUUGUUAUCUUCAUAUACUCAUAUCAUGUAUUUUAGGCAUUAUUACAUGCAAUAUUACCAUA